GAGUUACCUGUUGCUUUCCUGCAGUGGUUUCCAUUUGACCUCAAUUUCACCUUCUUUCUGACGUAGAUGCAGCUUUGCGUUGUCCUUAACGCAGCUUAGAAUUCACGUACAAACAGUCAAACUUCUGAACACACUCUGUUGCGUGUUGGACGCAGAGCUUGCCGCUUGCGCACAUUUCUACUUUCGCGCUCGAUCCAAUAACUGCUUACUAUCGGCACGUGCAUCAGCCCUCCAGUGUGACGUCACCGUGACGCAGGUCACGUUCCCGCGAAGUUUUGUUUGCAACAAAGUUUUCUUGUUUUUCCAAGUUUAAUGUCUAACAGCGAUGAUCACGAUGCGACAUCCGACACUGAGUCACCUCAGGAGUCUUCCUUUCUUCAACGAGUGUUUUAUUUUCCACAGAACCUAUUGCCAGACAAAAGUGAAGUAUGUCACGUAGCAGUCACUCUGCGUCAUCCGAAGGACGGUACACCUGCUUUGUUUUUACGACCAGAAGAUGGUGAAUGUUACUACGAGCUUGUUAAGUUUUCCGAGAAACCGAGAUCCUGGUUUAUAGGAGACACCGUGGAAUCAUGUGGUGAGCUUUACAUCGUAACAGCGAUGGACUCAGUGUACUUCUCGCUGUUCUAUUUGCAGAAGAGCGAAAAAUUCCGGCCACUGGAUGACAUCUUUGACGAUCAGGAAUUUUCGCACGCUCACAACCUGAGAACCUGGUGCGAAAAACGCAUUAAUCGCGUAGCCGACACGAAAGAAAUAUCUGGAGGAAGCCUGAGAGUGUUCCGAAUGAACCAGGAAAAGACGGUCGACUGGCUCAGUCGCCGAGUGCGUCGCGUGGCUGACGUUCUUGAAGCACGGCGGUUGUGUUCGACGUCGAGUGCCGACUUUGUGAGGAGCAGCAAAGAUGCCCCCAAAGUUGAUCCAAUUGAAUAUACUCAGCAAGCCUUCUUCAUCGUGAGGGACUAUGUCUCGGAAUCCCUGGCCUCGAAACUGAAGACUGCUCUGGGGCUAGACAACAUCUCUGAAAAGAAGCCCUCACCUCAUGCUGAAGAAAUGCCUUCAAAGAAGAAGAAGGGCGAUUCUGUAAAGCCAUCUGAAGACUAUACCAACGGUAACGGCACACCGAAAGAGUCAGCUCCAAAGGGCACAAAGGCUGCACCAAAGAAAGAGAAGAAGGUCAAUAUGACUGGAAUGCGAACCAUUUCGAGUUUUUUUACAAAGAAAUAAACUGUUUUUUUAUUUA